UCGGGUUGACAAAUCUUUGUAAUAAAGCUCUUAUUUCCAUUUCAAACAAUUGUGUGUCAAUGCAUGACUUAAUUCGAGAAAUGGGUUGUGAAAUUGUUCGCGAAGAAUGUCUAGAUGAUCCAGGAAAACGCAGUAGACUAUGGGAUUCUUGUGAUACCUAUAUAGUACUGAAAUACAGUAAGGGAACUCAAGCUAUUCAAAGUAUCACUUUAAACAUGUAUGAAAUUGAUACGAUAAGGUUGCACCCUGAGACAUUUGAAAGAAUGCCAGAACUGAAGCUUGUUAGAUUUCAUGCACCCGAUUUCAGAAGAAAGUUGUGUGCUCCAGAAGAUAUUACAUCCCUGCCAAAGAAGUUAAGCUAUUUUCAUUGGGAUGCGUUUCCUUUGAAAUCUUUGCCGUCUUCUUUUGGUGUUGAGAGAAUUGUUGAAAUCAUAAUGCCCAAUAGUGGAUUCAAACGCUUUGGGAAGGUGAACAGGUAUGGAAAGAGACAACAUUGUUUUUCAUUUAUAAUUCCAACAAGAUUGUGAAAUUAUUUUGAUGCCAUACACAUGCAUGUAUACCUACCUUUUAAUGAGUUAAUUUCAGAAUCCUGUAAGUCUAAGGAAA